GCUUGCCUUCGUUGAUCGUUUCUAUUAUUGUUUUCGGUUUGCCAUUGACUCUCAUUACGCUUUAUUUACAAAAUAAUUUUGCUGAUCACAAUAUGAGCGUGUAUGUCAAAUAGCAAUCAUGUAAUGUGUAACGUAGCUCGUUAAUCAUAGCUUGUAAAAAAACAAAACCUCUUGUGUAACGCUCAAAUGGAAUCAUGAUAAAGUUUUGGAAAAGUGCAGCGAAAGGCAAGAGUGGAUGCCCCGUGCGGCCACCCGAAGAAAAUAUAUCAAACGCUCUAGAGGCUAAUUUUUACAUUAACUCCACUAAUAAUCUCGAUGAUGUUGCUGAACUAUUUGAAAAAAAAUCAAAAUUAUGUUUAAAACUAAAUGAUAUACUAAAGGAUCGAAAAGCUAUUAAAAAUUUCGUAAUCUUUAUGGAAUCUCGAGGAAAUUCUUUAUUAUUAAAAUGUUGGUUGGAACUUGAAAAAUUUCGAUUAAAUGUGUUAUGUUCCAAUGAAAGUAAUGAGAGAAAUCAUAAUAAGUUAUCUCAUGCUAAAAGUUUGGAUAUUCACUGUACCUGCAUUAAACCUAAUUCCCAUCAUGAUAAUCAAACACUGCUCAAUUGGAGAACUAGCACCAGCAAUUUGAGAAUGUUGGAACGGUCACAUGCUGGAAGUUCUUGUAGCAAUUUAAAUGAUAACUUUGUGGAGACAUGUGACUUUUGUGAAAAUAAUCAAUAUAUUGACCUCACUCAUGAAGCUGUAAAAUUGUUUAAAAAAUAUGUAGCAUUAGAAGCACCAUGUCAGUUAGAUGUACCAGAUAAAUUAAGAAAGGUGCUUAUAUCUAAUAUUUGCCAUCCAGAAGGACAAAUAAAAGAAAACUGUUUUAAACCAAUACAAGAUUACUUGUUUCAACAGAUUGAGACAAAAUAUUUUAAUGUCUUUAAAAAUCAUGCUUUAUACACUAAGUCACAAAUUGAUGUUUUAACAACUGGAACUAUUGAUUUGAGGGAUAUUAUUUACAAUGAAAAUAUUUUAUUUUACUUUACUGAAUACUUAGAGCAAGAAUCUCGUAGCAUGCUUCUUGAAUUUCUUAUGGCCGUCACUCACUUUAGAGACAACCUUAUUAAUGGUAAUACAAAUUCUGACCAGGCUCAAGCAGAUGCUAUUGUGUUGUAUGAAAAGUAUUUUUCAUUACAAGCCACUAGCCCCAUUGGGUUCUCAACAGAUAUAAGAUUAAAAAUUGAAAGUAAUAUUUGCAGAGAAGAAGGCACUAUUGCAACAUGUUUUGACGUAGCAUACAUAGUUGUUUAUAAUACCUUAAAUAAUUAUGUAAGAACAUUUUUAGAAUCUGAACUUUACUACACAUAUCUUUCAGAAAUGGUAAAAUCUGUAGACCUCCUUUCUCCAAAUAGUUGCAAAUCUCAAUCGGAUUGCAGUAGUGAAUUUAGCAUAAGUACUCAUAAUACAUUAUUGGCUAUGGGUGAUCCUCUCUAUAAAAAGAAACAUAAUCUCUCUGUACCUGACAUGACUAUAGACUCUAAUCAACUUUACAAUGCUGAUGCUCUAUGGCAAAGAAAAACACAUGAUGGUUUGAGUCUAGGUAGAAUCAAUAGUUUAGGAAGAUUUGAAUCUAAAUUAGAGCCAGAUCCAGAUAGGAAAGAUAAAUCAAUACUAAAGAAAAUGGUCAAUAAAUUUGUUCCAAUGAGCAAUUCCAGAGUAGAAGAGGAAAUGGCUUGGCAAAUAGCACAUAUGAUAGUUAAAGAUGUAACUGACUUGACAAUGGCACCACAGGAAAACGAUAAUGAGGAUUAAUAUGUGAUAGUAACCAUUAAGUUAUCCAUAAUAAUGUAAAUAAUAGUUGUAUGUAAAGAUUAUAUUAAAUGUUUAUGUAAUAAACUCCAUUAGUAACAAAUGAUAUGAAAAUGUUUUGUUGUAAAAUGUAAAUAAAACAAUAAUUUCAGAACUAACAAUAUAUUUUUGGGUGGAUUAUAAAGUAUCUUCUAUCAAUAUACAAUUUACCCUCACCCUAUUAAGCUGCCCAAUAUCAAUGAAUGUAAUAAAAUCUGCUUUUGAUAAGCACAUUUUAUUACCAUACAGAACAUAUCUAAACUGGAAGUUGGUUUUGUUUUCAUAAUAUUUUAAAGUAUAAAUUCAUUAUAAUUGUAAAUCAUAUAAUCCCAAUGUCAUAAUUAUUGUCAAUUUUAUCUUUCUAAAAUAUAUUUGUUCUUAGAAAUUUA